AUGCGGGAUUUGGAGGCUUCUUUUCUCAUCACCGCGCAGCGAGAGGCGUGGUUGGACGGCGAGCGGAGAGAGUGGUUAGAAUCGGUACGAACGCUAUCGCGCGUCGAUAGCGCGCUGAACGAAGCAUUUGGGAUAAUGCGCGUGAUCGGGGGCUUACUCAACGAUCUAGCGAUGUCGCUGCGGGACGAGGCGUUUCGACGAGAGUGGAUCGAAAGAGAUCCCGAAGGCCACGGCGUUACGAAGAAAACCGCGUGGCACACAAAGCUCGACGUAAUCCUGACCAGGGGCUCUGGAUACUACGACGCCUUGGCGAUGCGAGACGAUGAUGUCCACAGUGGUAUCGGCCCCGGUCGGGGUGUCGCGCUCCUCGGAGGCACGCGAAACGACGCGGAUGCGGCGUACGAUAUCUCAACCGAUGCGCUUUGGCAUCGUCAAAAUCUCCGACGCCAACGCGUCUCCCGCUCGAGAUACCUACAGUUUGGCGUUAUCACGGGACGUACGGUAUUGGAUGAUGACCCGGACGAUCCGUUUAACGCGUGUGCGUUGGAGGGUGUCGAGCAACAGUCAGAACUCCUACGCCUGCGCGACGAGGUCGAGCGAAUGAAAUUGGAACGCGAACAGGAAGUCCUUUGUACAAUAUGUUACACAAAUAAGCGCGACACGGUGGUGUGUCCGUGCCUGCACUUGAUGUACUGUCAUGCGUGCGUCUCGCGUUUGCGCGACUCCGCUGGAGAGGGGCGAUGCGCGAAGUGUCCGCACUGCCGAGCGCCGAUGAGCGGUUUGAUGCGGAUUUUUUCUUGA